AUGGUGAAGCAGAUCGAGAGCAAGUACGCUUUCCAGGAAGCCCUGAACAGCGCGGGAGAUAAGCUGGUCGUGGUCGACUUCUCCGCCACGUGGUGUGGGCCCUGCAAGAUGAUCAAGCCCUUCUUCCAUUCCCUCUCCGAGAAGUAUUCCAACGUGAUAUUCCUGGAAGUAGACGUGGAUGACUGUCAGGAUGUUGCUGCAGAGUGUGAGGUCAAAUGCAUGCCAACCUUCCAGUUUUUUAAAAAGGGACAAAAGGUGGGUGAGUUUUCUGGAGCUAAUAAGGAAAAACUCGAAGCCACCAUCAAUGAAUUCGUUUAA